AUGAGGGAGAGAAGGACUCCUCAGCCAGUAGUGGCCCGGUGCAAGUUGGUUCUGGUGGGGGAUGUACAUUGCGGCAAGACGGCCAUGCUUCAGGUGCUGGCCAAAGACUGCUACCCGGAGACCUAUGUGCCCACUGUUUUUGAGAACUACACAGCAUGCCUGGAAACGGAGGAGCAACGGGUGGAGCUCAGUCUGUGGGACACAUCUGGAUCCCCAUACUAUGACAACGUGCGCCCCCUAUGCUACAGUGACUCAGAUGCUGUCCUGCUCUGCUUUGAUGUUAGUCGCCCCGAGACCAUGGAUAGUGCAUUGAAGAAGUGGAAGACUGAAAUCUUGGACUAUUGUCACAAUACCCGUGUGCUGCUGAUAGGAUGCAAGACAGACCUGCGUACCGACUUCAGCACCCUGAUGGAAUUGUCCCACCAAAAGCAAGCCCCAGUCUCUUAUGAACAGGUCCCAUGUUCUGUAGCCAAGCAGCUGGGAGCAGAAAGUUACCUGGAAUGCUCUGCCUUCACAUCAGAGAAGAGCGUCCACAGCAUCUUCCGGACAGUGGCGUCCCUCUGCCUCACCAAGCCUGGCCUCCCAGGGCCCCCCAAGAGCCCUGCCCGAAGUUUUCCCAAGAGACUUCUCCGUCUUCCCAGCCGAUCGGAGCUCAUUUCUUCCACUUUUAAGAAGGAGAAAGCAAAAAGUUGUUCUGUCAUGUGAAGGGCCGGCUGCAGAGGGUGGUGAUGGAACUGCUGUGGACUCUGGGCCUCCAGGUGGCCCUUCCAGGGUGGGAUUCAGGGAGUGGAUUGCCUUUUCCAAGCCAGAGCUGGAAAGUUAAAGAAGGAUCCAGUUUCCCUCUCUUCCCGUUUUGAGCAGACCUG